AUGCCCCUUUCAUCCCUUCUGUACUGCACCGACAAGCGGCAACUGCGAGCUCAGUUCAUCUUCAACAGGAGAGAAGCGGCAGACAAGGCUGAAAAGCUGCAGUUCAGACUGUUCUCUCCUCCAAAACCAUGUUCUCUCCUGAAAGAGAUGAACCUGAACAACAGUCAUCUGCUGGAUUCAGGAGUCAAAGAGAUCUGUGAGGGACUGAAGAACCCUGUGUGUGAGCUGAAGAUACUGAAGGUGUCUUACGACCAAACUAACAUAGCUGAAGCUCUUUCCUCUGUUCUUGGGAUGAGUGUGGAUCAGUAUCUGCCGAUCGGAGAAGUGAAGCAGACUACACUCUACAAGAUAAAGCUUCAGUUGCUGUUGUUUGUAAUAGCAAUUGAAAACAUGUUAGGCUACCUGUUUUUGAAAAGUCCUGCUGCAGAGGAAGCGUGUGAGUAUCUCACUGGAGUUCUGGGUAAAAGUCCAUUAUUACUGAAAGAACUGGAUCUGAGUGAAGAUAAAUUAGGAGAUCUGGAUUGGGAGAAACUCUCUGCUCUUUUGAUGGACUCUCACAGCAAACUGGAGAAAAUAAUGCUGAAUAACUGUGAGCUGACAGAGAAAAGCUGUUCAGUUCUAGCUACUGUUCUCUCCUCCAAAACCAUCCUGAAAGAGAUGAACCUGAACAACAGUCAUCUGCUGGAUUCAGGAGUCAAAGAGAUCUGUGAGGGACUGAAGAACCCUGUGUGUGAGCUGAAGAUACUGAAGGUGUCUUACGACCAAACUAACAUAGCUGAAGCUCUUUCCUCUGUUCUUGGGAUGAGUGUGGAUCAGUAUCUGCCGAUCGGAGAAGUGAAGCAGACUACACUCUACAAGAUAAAGCUUCAGUUGCUGUUGUUUGUAAUAGCAAUUGAAAACAUGUUAGGCUACCUGUUUUUGAAAAGUCCUGCUGCAGAGGAAGCGUGUGAGUAUCUCACUGGAGUUCUGGGUAAAAGUCCAUUAUUACUGAAAGAACUGGAUCUGAGUGAAGAUAAAUUAGGAGAUCUGGAUUGGGAGAAACUCUCUGCUCUUUUGAUGGACUCUCACAGCAAACUGGAGAAAAUAAUGCUGAAUAACUGUGAGCUGACAGAGAAAAGCUGUUCAGUUCUAGCUACUGUUCUCUCCUCCAAAACCAUCCUGAAAGAGAUGAACCUGAACAACAGUCAUCUGCUGGAUUCAGGAGUCAAAGAGAUCUGUGAGGGACUGAAGAACCCUGUGUGUGAGCUGAAGAUACUGAAGUUUUUGAAAAGUCCUGCUGCAGAGGAAGCGUGUGAGUAUCUCACUGGAGUUCUGGGUAAAAGUCCAUUAUUACUGAAAGAACUGGAUCUGAGUGAAGAUAAAUUAGGAGAUCUGGAUUGGGAGAAACUCUCUGCUCUUUUGAUGGACUCUCACAGCAAACUGGAGAAAAUAAUGCUGAAUAACUGUGAGCUGACAGAGAAAAGCUGUUCAGUUCUAGCUACUGUUCUCUCCUCCAAAACCAUCCUGAAAGAGAUGAACCUGAACAACAGUCAUCUGCUGGAUUCAGGAGUCAAAGAGAUCUGUGAGGGACUGAAGAACCCUGUGUGUGAGCUGAAGAUACUGAAGUGA